AUGUCUUUUAUUGCCUCUCCGGAACAGGUCCGCGCCUUUGAGGAGUUCUCCUCCAAACCCUCCUUCUCCCAGGAGGCCAUCGUCAUCGACUUCACCACUACCCCCGAAUAUGUCCGCAGUGUUCUUCCCCCAGGCCUAGAACCAGGCGACACUCCCACGGGACACAUCCUCAUGUCUACCAUGGAGAGCAAGCUGUGCGGCGAGUUCGACUGCGCUAUCGUGAGCUUGGACGUCAAGUACCGCGGCAAGGCCGGCACAUUCAUGCUCGAGAUCAUCAUCAGCAAUGAUCUCCCUGUCACCUGGGGCCGUGAGGUCUGGGGUGAGGCCAAAAAGACUGGUACAUGCCGUCUCUGGCGAUCUGGAGACUGGCGCUAUGCCUACGCUGAGCGCAACGGUGUCCGUCUCCUCGAAGUGCAGGCAAAGUUUGGCGAGGACCUCCCUCCCCGCGUCCGGGACGCGAUCAACUUUGAGAUAAAAGCGUAUCCCCAUUCCCAGGGCAAAGGUCUUCAAUGGGAACCUCUCAUCAGCACCCUUGAGGUUCGAGAGCACGACGUCCACCACUCUGUUGGCGAGGGCCGCCUGACCAUCCGGGGCACCACUGCCGACCCUCUCCACAGCAUCCCCAUCCUGGCCGUCAGCGAGUUUAAGUAUACCACUGGCCGAGCCGACUAUACCGUGGUCUCGGUGGAUGAGCUCGGCGUGGGCGAGGCAUACUUGCCCCAUCUGAUCGGCCGGCACUACGAAGAUAUCCGAAUCCACAAGGUCGGGGCUGAAUGGACCGAGCUCAGGGAUAAGGAGGAGGAGCAGGAGUCUUUCCCCGUGCGGAGGUUCAACACUCCGGGAUUCAAGAACUAA